UCAAAAACAUCUGGCACCUCUGUAUUUGAGUUCGGUACGGGAAGAAUCGGUGUUACCAUCAAUGCUUCAGACAAUGGCCAGUCGAGCGUUAAUGCUAUUAGGACAAGUAGUUCCAUGUAUAAAGUCGAAUGCUUCAAAAAUCCGCAUUCGGCGAAUGGAACUGGACACUAAUCUCAAUAUGUAUUUCAAAAAGGAUGAAUUUUACUUUGUGCAUGACCCAAAUAAAAUGUGCAAAAGUGGAGACAUUGUGUUGAUUAAAGAACUUCCUCAAAAACUAACAAGGUUGAUCACUCACUCGAUAGAAGAAAUAGUGUAUCCAUUAGGAGAUGUGACCGACCCUAUAACCGGCAAAAAAGUAACUGCUGGAAAAUAUCGUGAAGAUGUUGAAGAAACGAACCGACUUUUUGGAAAAUCGAGUGAAGCCUUUGACUACGAAAAAGCACCCCCUCGAGGACGACUGGAAGGAACUCAAGAUUUUAGUCAUGGUGAAACUUAUAUUAAGUAUCACGAAGAUGGAAAGGAUCAGCCAUUUGCGGUGUGAAAUGUCUUCUAAAUUGGCUUGGCAUAUUUGAUUUUAGUUUAAUGUUAAUUUGUGAAGAAUUAUACAUCGCAAUAGUUUCAAUUGGAUCACUUUAUACAACUAUGUUUUGUAACAAGAGAACGUUUCAAACAGAUAAACAAUACAAAGAAAUCGUUAAGAGAG